AUGUCCAAAGGAGAAACGGCCGAAAAUGUUUUCAGGGCACUUUUCAAAGAAUUAGGAGUAAAAGUUACUGAGGAACAAGGCGAAGGCGCUCUAGCUUUCAAAUCCGAAGAAUGUAAAUUCAAACUGAACGUUCAACGUGGAGAAGACGGCAACUUCGAUAAAACAGUCUUGGAGAACUCCGAAGGUGAAGAAAGAUCUAAGAAGUUUGAAGCAGUGGUGGACGCAUUGACUGUGCUACUGAAAGCAUUUCCGCGCGGCGAUAAGCCGAAAGAUGAGGAAAAGAGCGAGGAAACCAAGGAAGAGGCGAAGAAGAGUGAUGGAAGUGAAGCGAAUGGGGGUGAUGGAAAGGCCGAAGAAGCAACGUCUGCAGCUGAUGAAUAA